CAAUCCAAACACAACCUUCAUCUCUGUCCUCACUCGUUACUUUGUCCACUUUUUCCCGACUGAUUUUCUGGCAUUCACUCCAUUUUUCCGGAGAAGCAAGGAGGAGUUCAUGACUGCAAUUCAUGGUGAACGAAUGAACUGAUUUUUUUAGUGUGAACUGUUGUUAACUGUUGCAAUUUAGGUUAAUAUGACACCUGUGAUCCCUUGUUCUGUAAACAAUAUUUCACUGUUUUGUGUGGCGGCUGACUUUAAAGUAAGGGAGAGCAGUUGUUUAACAAGAUUUGGUUCAUCAAGGAAGCACACAAAAUUUUCAUUAUCAUCACGGAGAUUUGUUGCACCUCUUCUCACUUCUGUUAGGUUGUUUCCAGAGCGAUACAGAAAAGGGUAUUCCUUAAUUAAAAAAUCUGGAAUCCACAUAUUAUCAGCCACAGAGACUGAUGUGACAGUAGAGGAACCUGAUUCACCUGUAGCAGAUGAGGCUUCUCCUGGAGGCCCUGAAAUUCCAUCUGAUGAUAAAGAAAAUGGUGAAAAAGUUGUUGCCAAAUCAGAGUCCAAUCCUGCUCCAUCACAAUCCAAGCGAUCAAGAAUCACUAGAAAAAGUGAGAUGCCUCCUGUUAAGGAUGAGGAACUUAUUCCUGGUGCAACAUUCACUGGGAAAGUAAUGUCAAUCCAACCGUUUGGUGCUUUUGUUGAUAUAGGGGCUUUCAAAGAUGGGCUGGUGCAUGUUUCCAGGUUGAGUGAUAGCUUUGUCAAGGAUGUGGGUAGUGUUGUUUCUGUUGGACAAGAGGUGAAAGUGAGGUUAGUUGAGGUAGAUACUGAGACUGGUCGGAUUUCUCUAUCUAUGAGCGAAACUGAUGAUUCUAAGCGCCAGCAAAGGAAAGAUAGUCCUGCCACUAGUGAUAGGAUUAGGCCUGCUAAGAAAAAUGCUUCAAAAUCUAGCCAGAAAAGGGAUGAGGUGAAGCACACAAAGUUUGUCAAGGGACAGGAACUAGAGGGCACAGUCAAGAAUUUAACCAGGUCUGGUGCUUUCAUAUCUCUUCCUGAGGGGGAAGAAGGAUUCCUCCCUUCAUCAGAGGAAUCUGAUGAUGUAUUUGGAAACAUGAUGGGGGGUUCAUCGUUGCAAGUUGGCCAAGAAGUCAAAGUCUGUGUGCUAAAAAUUGCAAGAGGACAAGUAACCUUAACAAUGAAGACAGAAAAGGAUGACAAUUUAGAUUUCCAGGUUACCGAAGGGGUUAUCCAGGCUGCAACAAAUCCCUUUGUGUUGGCUUUCCGUAAGAAUAAGGAUAUUGCUGCUUUUCUGGAUCAGAGGAAUAAAGAAGAGAAGGAAUCUGAAAAACCAGUGCAAUUAACAACUUCUGAAGAAUUAAAAGGACAGGCAAAACAAGGUGAAGCCGUUUCUGGUGCUCUUGAUGUGCAAGCCCUACCAACAGUCAGUGAUGAAGUGACGGCCAGUGCUUCUUCUGUAGCAGAUGAAAAGUUGGAAAAAAUUAAGGCAUUUACUGGGAAAACUGAUGAAGUUGCUGAUGUUGUAAACAACAACGAUGAAAUCAGUGAUGAAGUGACGGCCAGUGCUUCUUCUGUAGCAGAUGGAAAGUUGGAAAAAAUUGAGGCUUUUACUGAGAAAACUGAUGAAGUAGCUGAUGUUGUAAAAAACGAUGGUGAAAUAAGUGAAGAAGUGACGGCCAGUGCUUCUUCUGUAGCAGAUGAAAAGUUGGAAAAAAUUGAGGCUUUUACUGAGAAAACUGAUGAAGUAGCUGGUGUUGUAAACAAUGAUGGUGAAAUCAGUGAUGAAGUGACAGCCAGUGCUUCUUCUGUUGCAGAUGAAAAGUUGGAAAAAAUUGAGGCUUUUACUGAGAAAACUGAUGAAGUAGUUGGGGUUGUAAACAGCGAUGGUAAAAUCAGUGAUGAAGUGACUGCCAGUGCUUCUUCUGUAGCAGAUGAAAAGUUGGAAAAGAUUGAGGCUUUUACUGAGAUAACUGACGAAGUAGCUGAUGUUGUAAACAAUGAUGAUGAAAUCACAGAAAAAGAAUCAGAGAGUUCUGAAAUUUUGACUUCUGAAGCAAGUAUAUCUACGGAUAAUCAGAUGAAUGAGGAGGCUCCUUCAAUAGAUCUUGGCCAAAGUAGUGAGACAUCUAUCUCAUUGAGAGAAAUAACAGAUCAAGUAUCACUUUCAGAAAGUUCAAUAAGUGAUGAAGUGCAAAUACCUACGGUAGAAGACAGUAUGCCUUCUGUAGCACCAGCAGAAGGUGAGGAAGUGGGAGACAGAAAUGGUAGUGUCACCAGCUCAGGUGUGCAAUCAGAGGUUCCUCAACCUGAAGAUAGUGAAGAUGUUUUAGCGAAUCAAGUUGAUGAUACCAAGGCAGCUGAUGAUCAGAUUAAGUCUUUGGGAAGUCAGGACAUUGACGAAGUUAUGGAAAAUCAAGUUGAUGAUACCAAGGAUGAAGUGCAGACUGAAAACCCUGCUUCUGAGUCUGAAAGUGGAAUUCCUGUUACUUCACAAUUAGAAAAGGCAGAAUCUGCAAAUCAAGAAAGUGGCACUAUUACUAAUUCAAAUGGUUCUAACCCCAAGGAAUAUGUGACUAAAGCAGGAGCUAUAUCACCAGCUCUUGUAAAGCAGCUUCGUGAAGAAACAGGAGCUGGUAUGAUGGAUUGCAAGAAAGCUCUUUCAGAGACUGGAGGGGACAUUGUUAAAGCUCAGGAGUUUCUACGUAAGAAAGGUUUGGCAAGUGCAGAAAAGAAAGCCAGCAGAGUCACAGCUGAAGGAAGAAUAGGUUCUUACAUUCAUGAUAGCAGGAUUGGUGUCCUGGUGGAGGUUAAUUGUGAGACAGAUUUUGUCUCCCGGGGGGACAUUUUUAAGGAGUUAGUUGAAGAUCUAUCCAUGCAGGUUGCUGCAUGCCCACAAGUACAGUAUCUUGUUACCGAAGAUGUUCCUGAAGAAAUUGUUAACAAGGAAAGAGAAAUUGAGAUGCAGAAGGAAGACCUGUUGUCAAAACCAGAGCAGAUCAGAUCAAAGAUUGUUGAAGGGCGGAUCAGAAAGAGGCUUGAGGAGCUGGCCUUACUAGAGCAGCCCUACAUUAAGAAUGAUAAGCUUGUUGUUAAGGAUUGGGUUAAGCAGACCAUUGCGACCAUUGGUGAAAAUAUAAAAGUCAAAAGAUUUGUGAGGUAUAAUCUUGGAGAAGGGCUACAGAAGAAAAGUCAGGAUUUUGCUGCUGAAGUGGCUGCCCAAACUGCUGCGAAGUCAGCACCCACAUCAGUGAAAGAGCAAGCUGCUCCUGUGGAAGCCAAAGAAACUGUUCAGAAACCACCAGCAGCAACAGUCUCUGCUGCACUUGUUAAACAAUUACGGGAAGAAACAGGAGCGGGCAUGAUGGACUGCAAGAAAGCUCUCACUGAAACUGGUGGGGAUCUUGAGAAGGCACAGGAGUACCUCAGAAAGAAGGGCCUGUCAACUGCUGACAAGAAAUCCAGCCGCCUUGCAGCAGAGGGCAGAAUCGGUUCCUACAUUCAUGACUCCCGCAUUGGAGUGCUCAUUGAAGUCAACUGUGAGACUGACUUUGUUGGUAGGAGCGAAAAAUUCAAGGAGUUGGUUGACGAUCUAGCUAUGCAAGUGGUUGCCUGUCCACAGGUCCAGUUUGUAUCCAUUGAAGACAUUCCAGAGAGUAUUGUGAACAAGGAGAAAGAGCUGGAGAUGCAGAGAGAAGACCUCUUGUCAAAACCAGAGAACAUUAGAGAGAGAAUAGUUGAGGGGAGGGUCUCAAAGAGGCUUGGAGAGCUGGCUCUUAUAGAGCAGCCCUUCAUCAAGGAUGACAGUGUGUUGGUCAAAGACCUGGUAAAGCAAACUGUAGCAGCUCUUGGGGAGAACAUCAAAGUAAGAAGGUUUGUACGGUUUACUCUUGGUGAGACAAAUGAAGAUGCUAAAACAGGGAGCAAAGCUUGAGACAGGAUGAUGUUGUUUUAACAGAAACUCAGUAGUAUCAAGGGAUUAGGUAAUGCUCCUGAUUAAGGAGAUCCAAGUGGAGAGCAAAAUUAAUUUUGGAAGAGAAAUGUUCUGAUUCUUUUUGUGGUGAUCAAAGCAAAUUGUGUUCUUUUUCUUACUGUAACGGCUACAUUUCAUGUUUGAAAAAUUGUCAACAUAUACUGUUUUUAUCUUUGUUAAAUGAGAAAGAAGCAUCACAUUUAUCUUCUCGAAAAUUUGAAAUAU